AGCGCGGGAACGUUGAAAGUUCGGGUCCUGAGAGGUUGUUCGUGCCCUGGGAGUUAAGCGAGGCGUGGUGGCUUCUGAGGAAUACAAAAAUAAAAAAGGCCCUGGACAUUGCAAAUAAACUAGAGAGAAGUGAAAAAAAAUCUGAAGAUGAAGGUAUUUCAGACCAUUUGCAGGCAGCUAAGAAGUUCCAAGGGGUUUUCUGUAAAACCAGCCGCCCUUGUGGAUUUUUCUACUUCUUCUUAUUUAUGUGGCCGGAAGAAAAAAGUGAACCCUUAUGAAAAAGUGGACCAAGAAAAAUACUCUCAUUUAGUACAGUCUGUCGUGUCAUUCAAAGGCCGUGCCCAGACCCCAGAAUCAUUGCUGGAGGAAGAUGCUUUACUCUAUGGACCUGUGAGCAAGAGUAAAUCCUCAAAGCAAGAUGAGGAAACAAAAGGUCCACAAAACUGGUUUCCUAUCUUCAAUCCAGAGAGAAGUGUAAAACCAAAUACAAGUGGCACUUCAAUUCCUCUAAAAAUCCCUUUGCAAAGGAAAAUAAUACCAAGUGUGACCCGGAUCCUUCAGCAGACCAUGACAUCAGAACAGAUUUUCUAUUUGGAGAGGUGGAAACAGCGGAUGAUUCAGGAAUUGGGAGAAGAUGGCUUUGCAGAAUACACUUCAAACAUCUUUUUACAAGGGAAACAGUUCCAUCAAGCCUUGGAAAGCAUACUUUCACCCCAGGGGAACUUAAAAGAAAGAGAUGAAAAUCUCUUCGAAUCUGGCUACAUUGAAAGUGUCCAGCAUGUUCUGAAAGAUGUUACCGGAGUGCGAGCUCUUGAAAGCGGUGUUCAACAUGAGACCUUAAAGUAUGUAGGUCUGCUGGACUGUGUAGCAGAGUAUCGGGGCAAGCUGUGUGUGAUUGAUUGGAAGACAUCAGAGAGACCAAAGCCUUAUAUCCAAAAUACAUAUGACAACCCACUGCAAGUUGUGGCAUACGUGGGUGCCAUAAACUAUGAUGCCAACUAUAGCUUUCAGGUUCAGUGUGGCUUAAUUGUGGUGGCCUACAAAGAUGGAUCCCCUGCCCACCCACACUUCAUGGAUGCAGAGCUCUGUUCCCACUACUGGGCCAAGUGGCUUCUUCGACUAGAAAAAUAUACAGAAAAGGAGAAGAAUCAGAAUAUUGAGAAACCAGAUUAGGGGCAGGAUGCCAUUUGGGAACAUUCAGCACUUUCUCACUGUUUAGGAAGAUAUGAGCUGUUUACGAUGAUCUAAAAAUGGAGGUGCCACCAGAUCUGCGAACUAUAACAACACAAGCAGAAGUAUUAGUUUGUUGAAAUCUAUUGCAACAAAGGACAGAAAAGCCAUAAAAGCCUAGAUUUAAAGAGCUGGACUUUAGCACAUAAAAUUCCAACUAUGCUACCUCUGAUUGUUACUUAUCUGAAAAGAGGGCAAGCAGAUUGGCAGUCUUGUUGGUGACUCUUAGACUUCCUUAUAGACCUUUUUGUGUCCCAGACAGGAUGCCCAGUUCUUGAAUUGAUAUUGGAAGGCAGUGAGGCUUAGUAUGCCAAGCAUUUCCCCAGGGUUCACUGGGAAGGAAGGGCCACACACCUCCAGGGUAUGUGUGGAGGGAAACAUACAUCAGCCAACUACCACUGCCAGUGCGGUUUCCUAAAACUUGUUUCAUAUACAGUAUUGAGGUUCCCUGUGUAUUUCAGCUAGCAAAGAAAGCUCACACUUAACAUUUUUAAAAAAUAGAUAGAUGAUCACUCAAGUAAACAUUGCUGUCUGGAAAGAUGGAGCAUAUUCUCUAUGUUGUUGGCAAUAUUCCUUGGCAUACCACCAAAUAACCCCCAGAAGUAGCCAGAACCCAGUUUGAAAAUCAUAAUUGUAGGCAUUUUAGUAGCUAUUUCUGGUGUCAGUCAGUGGAUCAUGUAUACAGAGAAAAUUUAUCAUAUGUGGGAUUUUUCAGCUAUAGGGGAACAAUAAAAAAUUUUUUCUGUGUUUGAUAGGCAAUAAAAAUCAUUAGUUGUCAUUGGGUUUGGGAAACUCAAAUAAAUGUCCAUUAUAGCCCUGGGAGAGAGUUUCCUGUUUUAUGGAGUGGGCCUGUUAGCAUUUAAGUUACAGUUGCCGCCUUAAUACGCUGCUACGAUCACUUUUUUCAUUCAUUAGCCAUUAAUGAGAAAUAAAAUACAAGAU